AUGGCCAAAGACAUCGACGCUGGCAUUGAUGCCUCGAAAACCAAACUCGAAGCCCCUCUCCCCGGAAUCACCACCUCAGCGUCACCAGCAGAAGUCUAUGCUCUCGACCACCCUGUCCUUGCGACACGCUACACCUGGCCUCGAAUCGAACCCUCGGGCUAUGCGCUCUACAGUCCGAAAUACCUUGACGCGCCUCUCCGCCGAGAUAUCCUUCACCGCGCGGUCAUCUACGAAGCCGACAUGACCCGCCAAGGCACUGCGUCCACGAAAUGGCGGUUCGAGGUCCACGGGUCAAAUCGCAAACUAUACCAACAAAAAGGGACCGGUCGCGCUCGAGUCCGAGAUAAAAAAUCACCUAUUAGACGAGGAGGUGGCGUCGCUUUCGGACCCAAACCCCGAGAUUUCUCGACAGAACUUCCGGAGAAGGUGUAUCAGCAGGCAUUUCGCAUCGCGCUGAGUUAUCGCCUCAGGAAGAACGAGUUGAUCAUCCUCGACAAUCAGAUAACCCUGCCGGAGGACAAUUCUGCGCGCUUCCUGAACAAUCUCUUUGAGGCGAACCAGUGGGGACAAGGCCACGGUCGAAGCCUCUUGGUCACGAAGACCCUUGAGAAAUACAAUCCUCGAGUCUUUGAAGCGAUGGACACGAUUGGUGAACACGGCGAGCUCAAAGACAUCGAGGAUGUGGACGUCAAGGAUUUGUUGACAAGCGGGCGAAUCGUCAUUGAACGCUCCGCGUUGCUCAGGCUGCUGUGUCGAGCACAUUCGUUCGAAAGUGGCGGGUCGUGGUUUACCUUUGGGAUGCCCAUAUACCAUGUCAGGGAGAAGUACCCGCACCUACAGCCGGAGCAAAUUGUACAGUAUUUGUGA